AUGAGCUCACCGACGCCAAGUAACUUGGCGGUUACGACGACCGACCAUGCAGGUCUCAUUGUCAUCGCGGCCGUCGUGGGCGCCACCUGGACCGUCAUGGUGUACCUCAUCAGGUUGUACAUCCGGUUGAGUGUCAACGGGCCCUUUGGGAUAGACGACGGCGCAGCGUCCUUUGCAACAGUUUUCGGUCUUGUUCAAACCGCCAUUACUCUGCUUGCUGUCAGAAACGGCCUGGGGAAGCAGGAAAGUCUGUUGGUGGCGGAUGAGGUUGACAGAGCCUUGAAGCUCAACUAUGCCUCCAACUUGGUGUAUAUUGUGGCGAUUUGCGGCUCGAAAUGCGCCAUGUUUCUCCUCAUCGCACGGCUCGGCCAGGACAGACGCCAUCUCCUCACAACGUACGGCAUCACGCUCUUCGCGAUACUAUGGGCUGUGGUUUCACUAUUUCUCAUGGCUUUCCAAUGCAGCCUCCCCGAACCGUGGAACGUGCACAUUGCCAGCCAAUGCCCAACCCUCGUCACCCGAUGGGUCGUUGUCGAGACCUUUAGCACCUUUCUUGAAUUUGCGAUAAGCGCGUUGGCUGUCGCCCUGGUCUGGGGCCUGUCCAUGAAACUAAAGACCAAAGUCAUGGUUGUGUGCGCCUUUUCAGCCCAGCUCCUGGUCAUCAUCCCCAUCGCAUUCCGGCUGCAUUUCGUCCGAGUUUCCAUGUAUGGAUCCGAUGCCACAUUCAACUCGACGGAAAUCACCAUUGCAACCCAAGUCGUGAUGCACUUCUCCAUCAUGGCGGCCACCUUUCCCUGCUUCCGGCAGUUCCUGCAGGCAUUCGACAGCGGCCUCGGCGCGACCACAAAGAUCUCUACUGAGAACGGGAGCGGCAGCCGAUCCCAGGGCGGCUCGUAUGUGAUGCAGAGUCUGGUCUCUGCGCGCGAGGACGGACGUGUCGGCAAGGCCCGAGCAAGGCUGCGGCCAGAUCCCACGGCCGAGAUUGUCACGGCCGUCGCAGCCAGGUCGUCGGAUCACGGGGCCGAGGACAUGAGUAUUGACAGCUCGGGCAGCGACAAGGCCAUCUGGACGAGGAGAGAGUGGGAGGUACACUAUGAAUCGAGGGAGCGAAGAGACUAA